AGCCAAACUUUCGUUUCCCCCGUGAAACUUUUGUAUUUUUACCUACAGUAGAAGCCUGUGCUUCAGAAAGGGGAAGAAACAAAUAACCGAGACUAGAAGCAGCGGAAGGUUUCCGCCUGUCAGCGGCUGGCAGGUGGACUCUGCUCACUCUUCAGGAGACUCCCCAGACCCACAAGAUGGAGGGAACUGAGGAAGAUCAGCUCAUUGAAGAGGCCGAGCACAUUGUAGCGCCUCCCAAUGGUGGUGUGAAUGAACUGCAUGAUGUGGGACAGGAGGACAACAUGCAGGGAGAGAUGGAGGAGUUUCUAGGCCCACAGGCACAGUACAACGAGGAGGAGGAGGAGAGGAAGUACUAUAGAAGGAAGAGGCUGGGAGUCAUCAAGAAUGUUGUGGCCAGCAGCAUUGGAGCUAUGAUUGUGUACAGUGUUUAUAUGGGUCAGAUGGCCCAGCAGUACUAUGAGUACGCCAACUACAAGGAGGAACACGUGCAGGAGCAGAGAAAGCUUCCAAAGGGGGCGUGUCACAGCUAUGUCAUCGUCUUCCAGUCAGUUUUCUUCUUCAUCUUCAGUCUGAGUUUCGUCUUCGCUGAGUUCCCCAUGCGUCUCGUCCUCCAUGACCACCUGCAUGAAAACCCACACAUCCUCUUCAAUGUGAAGACAUGCGGCGCUGCAAUCAGAGGUAUCAUCCCAGGCUUCAACAGCACAGUGCUGACCAACCUGCCGCGCUCCAUGUUGCUCAUCGAGGUGGAGAGCAUCUUGAUGGGCUUCGCCUUCCUCUCCAUGAUUAUCUUCCUGUUGCUCUGUGGCCCCGCCUACCGGCCAACAGAGGAAAUCGACCUCCGCAGCAUCGGCUGGGGGAACAUCUUCCAACUUCCUUUUAAACACCUGAGGGAUUACCGCCUGCGGCUGCUCUGCCCCUUUUUCAUCUACAGCGGACUGGAAAUGCUGUUCGUUAUCAGCGGGUUCUCGCUGUCCUAUGGGGUCUGUAUUCUGGGCCUAAAGAGCCUCUGGAUCCUGAUCGUGGUCUACGGCCUCUCCUGCUCCGUAUUCUCCCUCCUCUCUCUCAGCCUCCUACGCCUACCACGAUGGGUGUGUCUAAUGGGGGGCGCUGUGGUGCACGGGAUCCUGCUGGUGGUCCUCCUCGCUCUGUCUGUUAAGCCUAAUUCACCAGAGUAUCUGGGCCCCCUGCUGGUGAUCAUGGUGCUUUGGGGACUCGGCAGCGCCCUGAACAAAGCAGGUGUCAGCACUGUCAUCGGCAUAUUGUACGCUGAGGAAAAAGAACGUCUGGAUUUCGUUUACACCAUCUAUCACUGGUGGCAGGCCAUCGCCAUCUUUGUUGUCUAUCUUUGGUCUCAGAUGCCCAUGAGGGCUAAACUGUCCAUCCUGCUGGCCACUUUGUUGUUGGCGUGCUAUUGUUAUUGGGUGAUGGAGCGUCGCGUGGCACAGAAAGUGCAGCACAGGAUGCCCCGAAUCCCACGGCCACGCCACAAGGUGAAAGGCUACCGCUACCUGGAAGAGGACAACUCUGAUGAGUCAGAUUCAGACAGAAGCGAGAAGGAUGACGAGGAGGAGGAGGGAGAGAGGGCGGAGGAGGAUGAUCAUGUUGUGGAGGAGAUGGGAGCAGGGGACAGGGAGGAGGAAGGCCAAGAUGCCAGAGCUGAGGGAGCUGACUCGCCUGGAGCCCAGAGGAGAGAGGCCGAGGGUCAAGGUGUCCAUGUGGAGGAAGAAGGGAGGGAGAUGUGAUGAAAUGAAAGAAGAAAAGAGGAGAGGUAGUGGACAAAUAUCCGGUACAUAUGGAUGCUCUGUCCAUCAGAAUAUGAAUGGCUUCCUUUAUAGAAUUCAGAGCGAGGAGGGAGCAAGGUCUGGCAUACUCCUCAACUUUUUAUGCUUCUACCAUGUUGAAAUAUUGUGGUGCCUUGUUUAUACUAUUAUGUCAUACUUCAGGUUGGUCUGUUACAUAAAACUGCAAUGAAACACAUUACAGGUUGUGAUUCAUGAAUCCUGGGUAAUUUUAUAUAUUAAAAAAAUCAAUUUAUUGAGGUUCUGCAGAUAAUCGUUUUGGUUACUUUAUAAAUGAAAUCCUGUUUUUGACUUUAUAAGCAAGGGUUAAUAUUUUGUCUUAAAAUGACAUAUCUGUGCAUCUUUAGCCAUAAAUCAAGGAUAUGGUUCACAGAACCAAACCUAUCAUUUCCAGCUAUAAAUCUCUCUUUUUCUUGUAAAGGUUAGAAAAACCUGUGAAAAAGCUUUUAGUGAAUCAUCACUAAAAUCAGUAAAACUACACCCAAAUUGUUUUUAUUACAAAUACAUUGUUUAAACAAUUUUAUGUAAAGAGAGU